AUGGGUUCUUCGACGGCGCCACCGAGCCUCUCUCCGAGGAGGAGAAGAAAGCGAAUCUUGAGAAAGCCGAGGCAAAGGAAAAGGAGGCUGCAAAAGCCAAAUCUUCAACAUCCGAUGCGCCAUCCAACACCAACGGCAAGGGUGCCCCAGAGUCGCCGGAUGGAAAAGGUAGCGCUGCCGGUAGUGCUUUCGUCUGGCUCGGGGGGCAACGAUUCGGGGUCAAGCGGUGGCAAACGGGGGCGGAAGAGUGACAAGGCGCUCGCGAAGCCGGUCGUACCAGAGAUCUAUCCUCAGGUUCUAGCGAUACCCAUUGCCAAGAGGCCGCUGUUCCCGGGGUUCUACAAAGCUAUUACCAUUAAAGACCCCAACGUCGCUGCGGCGAUAACCGAGAUGUUCAAGCGGGGACAACCCUAUGUCGGCGCUUUCUUAUUCAAGGACGAGAACGCCGAUGACGACGUCAUCCGCAACGCCGACGAUGUCCACGACGUCGGCGUUUUUGCUCAGGUCACAAGCGCAUUCCCCAUGAACUCGCAGGGCGACGAGGGCGGAGGUCUGACAGCGAUUCUGUACCCCCACCGCAGAAUCCGGCUGUCUUCGUUGAUUCCGCCGGGAGCUGCCGAUGCUUCGAAGGCCGUUCCUGCCGCGGAACCUAUCCCCGAGGCUUCUCCCAAGCCAACAGAGGAGGCGGACCAGAAGGGAGACGUGGUAGCGAGCUUUGAGGAGAGCGCCGUCGAGCAGAAGCCCGAGACGCCCAAGAAGCUGCAUGAAGUGACUUCUUUCCUGAAGAAGUACCCGGUCAGCAUCGCCAAUGUCGACAACCUCACCGAGGAACCUCACGACCCCAAAAGCCAAGUGGUCCGUGCCGUCACGAACGAGAUUGUAAACGUUUUCAAGGAGGUUGCCAGCAUGAACAGUUUGUUCAGGGAUCAGAUCUCUACAUUUUCCAUCAGCCAGUCUGCCGGCAACGUCAUGUCCGAACCUGCCAAGCUCGCUGAUUUCGCUGCCGCUGUCUCCGCGGGAGAGCCUGCCGAGCUGCAAGAAGUCUUGGAGAGCCUAAACGUCGAGGACAGGAUGCACAAGGCGCUCUUGGUGCUUAAGAAGGAGCUCGCCAACGCUCAGCUUCAGUCAAAGAUUACCAAGGACGUGGAGAGCAAGAUUACGAAGCGCCAGCGUGAGUAUUGGUUGAUGGAGCAGAUGAAGGGCAUUCGACGGGAGCUCGGUAUCGAGUCGGAUGGCAAGGACAAGCUGGUCGAGAAAUUCAAAGAGAAGGCGGACAAGCUGGCGAUGCCUGAAGCAGUGCGGAAGGUAUUCGACGAAGAGCUCAACAAGCUAGCGCACCUUGAACCGGCCGCUUCAGAGUUCAACGUAACCCGAAACUACCUUGACUGGCUCACGCAGAUUCCGUGGGGGUUGAAGAGCGCCGAGAACUUCGAUAUCCGGAACGCCAUGACUGUUUUGGACGAGGACCACUACGGCCUCAAGGAUGUCAAGGAUCGCAUCUUGGAGUUCAUUGCGGUCGGGAAGCUGCGUGGAACCGUCGAGGGCAAGAUUCUCUGCUUCGUCGGCCCUCCUGGUGUGGGCAAGACGAGCAUUGGAAAAUCAAUUGCCCGCGCGCUCAACCGUGAAUAUUACCGAUUCAGCGUUGGUGGUCUGACCGACGUGGCCGAAAUCAAGGGGCACAGGAGGACCUCUUUCCUCGACCACUACAUGGACGUCCCUGUCGAUUUCUCCAAGGUCCUCUUCGUCUGCACCGCCAACAUGACCGAUACCAUCCCGCGACCGCUCCUCGACCGUAUGGAGGUCAUCAGGCUGUCUGGAUAUGUCUCGGACGAGAAGAUGGCUAUUGCUGAAAGGUACCUCGCGCCGCAGGCGCAGGAGCUUGCCGGCCUCAAGAAGGUCGAUGUACAGCUGGAUAAGGCGGCGAUCGAAGAGCUCAUCAAGUCGUACUGCAGAGAAGCGGGUGUCCGGAACCUGAAGAAGCAGAUCGAGAAGGUCUACCGGAAAUCAGCAUUGAAGAUUGUCCAGGACCUGGGUGAAGAAGCGCUGCCCGAAGCGGAGGCCCUUACAGACGAGGGUAAGGCGGCCCUCGAGGCAUCGGAAAAGGAGGGCAAGGCUCAAGAGGCCGGUAAGGAAGCAAGCGAAAACGAGACUACUGAGAAGCCUAGGCUGCCGCUCAAGGUCCCCGAGAGCGUGCAUGUCACCAUCGGCAAGGACAAUCUCAAGGACUACGUGGGACCCCCUGUUUUUACCUCCGACAGGCUCUACGAUGUCACCCCGCCAGGCGUCACGAUGGGCCUGGCCUGGACACAGCUCGGUGGCGCCGCCAUGUAUGUUGAGGCGAUCCUUCAAGCCGCCCUCAGACGGAGCAGCCGGCCGUCGCUCGAGAUCACGGGCAACCUCAAGACGGUCAUGAAAGAAUCCUCGACCAUCGCCUACUCGUUCGCCAAGUCAUGGAUGGCCAAGGAGUUCCCCGACAACCACUUCCUCGAGAAGGCCAAGAUCCACGUCCACGUCCCCGAGGGCGCCGUGCAGAAGGACGGCCCGUCGGCGGGUGUCACCAUGGCGACGUCCCUCCUCUCGCUGUCCCUCGACACUCCCGUCGACCCGGCCGUCGCCAUGACGGGCGAGCUGACCCUAACCGGCAAGGUGCUCCGCAUCGGCGGCUUGCGCGAGAAGACGGUGGCGGCGCGCCGCGCGGGCUGCAAGAUGAUCAUCUUCCCGCAGGACAACAUGUCUGACUGGCUGGAACUUCCGGAGAACAUCAAGGAAGGCAUUGAAGGCCGCCCGGCGAGCUGGUACUCGGAGGUGUUUGACCUGAUCUUCCCCAACCUGGACCGGGAGCAGGCCAACAAGUGUAAGAUUUGUGAUAACAAGAACGAAGCCGAUGAGAAGUCGGACGACGACAAAAGCGAUUAG